GCUGCUGCUGCUGGUUUUGGAAUAAUUUCCUGACGACGACGACGGCGACGAUCGAGAGGAGAGGAAUCUUAUGAAAAGUCUGAGGAAAUUUGUUUGUUUCGGCUCUUAUAUAAAAGCCGAGCGAUCUGAAAGGAACUUAACGAUAAAGGAGAACCUAAUUAUCUAAAUCUAGCAAAACGGAAAAACACCAUUUAUUCCUCCUCCAAGAGAUUUUCAUCUGUUGUGGGGUGUUUUGGAACGUAAUACCUGCGAUAGUGAAGGGGUUACUGUAUAUGUGUAGCUUUCAAGACCUGUCUUCCCACCCUUAAAAUGGACUGGACAAUGAAAGCGAAGCACGAUGCAACAAGCAAAUUGAAAGAAAAGCUGUACAUGUUACACAAACAUUUAUGAGCUUCAACUGAUUCUUCUUCUGGAGAAAUUGCAAGACAAGCGAAGAUGUUGCCGCAGCAAAGCAGGAAAACCUUGUCCUUCUCUCAGAUGGUUCUGCUCAACUCUGUGGUCUUUGGAGUUGAAAUCUGUGCAUGUGCUGGUUUCACGUGCAUCUCUCCACUGCUUCUCAAAGUUGGUUACUCUGAAGAGAAUAUGAGCAUCAUUCUGGGAAUGGGUCCACUUCUCUGUUUGAUCAUUGUGCCCCUCAUGGGUCGAGCCAGUGAUCAGUGUAAAAGUAAAUAUGGAAGAAGGCGUCCUUUCAUAUUUUGGAUAUCUCUGCUAAUUUUAUUAUCUCUUGUGUUCAUUCUGUCUGGUGAUAACCUUUAUCUCACAGAACAGAGUGAAGUAAUUACCACCUCCCACUUAGGGAUUUUUGUUUUAACUGCUGGUGUCAUCUUACUGGAUUUCUCGACACAGUCAUUGCUAACACCAUGUGAGGCUCUUCUUUCAGAUGCUUCAGAAGGCACAGAUCAGAAAGAGAGAAUUUUUACAAUUUAUUCUUUCAUGGUCAGCUUUGGUGGCUGUGUUGGUUAUUUGAUAACAGCUCUAGACUGGAGCAACUCAUCUCUAGGACACUAUUUCGGGGGACAGGAACAAUCCAUUUUUGCAAUUCUUUUAGUUUUAUACCUUUUAUCAUCUGCUGCGACUCUGAUGAUUGCAGAGGAGACUCCGCAGUUACAGAAUAGCCAAGAACAAUCACUGUUAUAUUCUGGAGACGUAGAAGGGGUGCCUUUAGUAACGAACAAUAUUCAUGAGUCUGGUUAUGAAACAAGCAGUAACGAGUCUAUAUCAGACGAUAACACAACUUCUGCAACAUCACUAAAAAGUCAAAGGACAGCAUCAAAGACCAGAUUGAUCAACUCAUCACCUGUGUUCCUCUCAAAAGUAAUUUCUUGUAUACUCAGCUUAACAUUAUUGACUGUUAAAUUGCCAAUCAUUUGUCAUAUUUGUAAAUAUAGCAAACGCCUUAUUAAAUCUCUCUGGACAGGCAUAUAUCAUCGAUUACCUGAAAAUAUCCAAGCUUUACUUGAUAUACCCUUCGUUCUUCGGCAGCUAGCUGCUGCCAACUUCUGUAGUUGGACUGCCGUGAUGGGAUUCACACUUUUCUACACCGAUUAUGUUGGCCAAGCCGUUUACGAUGGCAAUCCUAAUGCCCCUGAGAAUUCCUUGUCACGGAACAAUUUCGACGAAGGCGUGCGAAUGGGAAGCUGGGGUCUCCUGUUACAUUGCAUGACAUCUGCUGCAUAUUCCCCUUUCAUUGAGCGUUUGGUGGAACGGUAUGGCUGCCGACUCACCUAUCUUUGCGGAAUGGCCAGUUUCUCCCUCGCUAUGUUCAUAAUGGUCUUCUGUCACAAUAUAAUCAUUGUAAAUGCUGUGGCUGCAGUCACAGGUUUCGGAUAUGCUACAUUAACAACCAUUCCUUUUAUCCUUGUUUCGGAUUACCAUGCAGAUAAAGCGGUGUUCUUCUUCGACGUCGAACGACCCACGAGCAAUGCCAGUCCUUCUCAUUCACAUCAAAUUCGUGGCAUUGCUAUGGACAUGGCCAUCUUGGACAGCACUUAUUUCUUGUCCCAAGUCAUCUUGUCUGGAUUAAUGGGUUACGUUGUACAUUUAACGGGCACCGUUCUCUCUUACAUCCUCACCGCUGGUGUGAUGGGGCUGCUGUCGUGUCUUUUUAGUACGAAAAUAAUUAUUAACAAACAAGAAAUUCUAAAAUACCACAGACACCCUCGGACAAGGACGAUGAUAGUUUAACAAUAAAAACACAAAACAAACCAAAAAAAAAAAA